CCAUAUUUUUCCCGCGCAAAAAUAGUUAGGGUUUAGUCUAAGGUACAUGAACUUGGGAUAAACAUGGGUAGUUAUUAAACCUAAAAUUAAAAAUAUACUUUUUCGAUUGAAUAAAGAAUUGAGUGCUAUUAGUAAAUAUUCGCUCAUAUUAAUAUUUGAUCCUUCCCCAUACACGUAGUACACAACUAGAGUCAGCUGGCGUUUGGCUUUACUAAGCAAGGUUUUUUAUUUUAAAUAUUUUCGUUAUUUGUGAAAAUGGUAAAGAAAUCACUAAGAUAAAGAAUAGAAAGUUCAACUCGUUCCUACCAAAAAUAUAAGAUAUCACAAAUCGUGUUCUUAAUGGGGAUAAUUAUUAAGUGGCCCAUUGAAGCAUUAAUUCGGCCAUCAUUCCCAGUAGGGUUUUGUAAUCUACGUCCUUGGUUCCCCAAAAUUUCCAGCAGUGACAAUGACGUCGGAGGCAGACCCGCCAUUGACGUCGGAGGAAGUCCUAGUAUUGACGUCGGAGUCAGUCCAAGAAAACGCUGGUGCCGGAGCUAGUCACAACACCCAGGAAGAUAAUGUCACCGAUCUCAUAUUUCUACAACCUGAAGAUAUUAAAAAAAUGAAGUUCGAUGAUACAGAAGAAGCCUAUAAUUUCUACAUGGACUACGGGUUAGUCAAAGGCUUCGACAUUAGAAAAUCAGACAUUGGUCGUGAUAAGAACAAAGUUAUGAUAUGGCGUGACUAUAUAUGCUCUGGCGAGGGAAAGAGGCGCAUGAAGAGCACAGAGAGAAGCAAGAGGGGAGACCAGAUUUAACUGCAGAGCCAAGAUGCGUGUUAAAUAAGACAAUGUCGAUGGGAAGUGGUAUGUGCACCAGUUUGAUGAUGUACACACACAUGAAACGAUCCCCAGAGAAUAUAGACACUACAUGAAAGGGAAACGUCGUAUGAGUGAUGCAGUCAAAGCAGCGAUAAAUUUUAGAAGAGCUGCAGGUAUGAAAACUUCUCAAAUUGUGAAUCUGGCCAUAUCAGAAGCAGGAGGCUACGACAAUUUGGGGUACACGAGGAAGGAUGCAUAUAAUUAUGUGGACAAAGAGAGGAAAGAACAAAUCAGUGAAGGUGAUGCCGCAACAGCCCUAGCCUACCUACAAGCUAAAUGUAGCGCGGACGAUCAUUUCGUUAUUGAACUAAAGAAGGAUGACGACGACCGGCUUAUUAACAUCUUUUGGGCUGAUAGUAUUUCUGUUGCUGAUUAUGCAUGCUUUGGAGAAUUACUGUCAUUCGAUGCUACUUAACAAAUGGAACAUUUACCAGAUGCCUCUCGUGAUUUUUUUAGAUACUUUUCCUUCGCACAUAGAAUUAUCUCGAGCAUGCUAAAAUAACCCUAGAAGUUUGCAUAAUCUAACUUUUUUAACUUUUUUAGGUGUCAACCACUAUUCGCAAACUUGUGUAUUUGCAUGUGCUUUCUUGGCUAACGAGAGAGAGGAAAAUUAUAUUUGGGUGUUGGGAGCUUUGAAGAGAAGGCUAGGCAGUGUAGAUCCCAAGACUGUUAUUACAAAUGGGGAUAGAGCAAUGCGUAAUGCUAUUUAGAAAGUAUUUCCCGAUGCAACACAUCGUCUAUGUUCCUGGCAUAUAGACAAGACUAUAACCAAAAAUGUGAAGAAUCAUCCUACUUAUACCCUAAACCUUCACUACCUUAUAGGCUUAUGCUAUAAACCAUCAACACCUUGCUACCUACCUUAUACCCUAAACCUUCACUACCUUAUAGGCUUAUGCUAUAAACCGUAAACACCUUACCAUCUCCAUCCCAUUGCUUAUUUAGUGGAAUCCUAGGUGGCACCAUUAUUUAGCAAGAUUGCAAUGCCACCUAGGAUAUUUUUUCUAAACUAGCAAGAUUGCUAAAUUAGGAAUUCUUCUUGCAAUGCCAAACCCUAAUACACGAACCAAUCAAUACCAUAUACUCUACAACAAUAACACCUUAUAGGCUUA